AUGGGCCGCCUCGCCGCUCCGGGGACGCGGGUGUCUCGAGUUCGGGGCCGGGCCGCCGCGCCUCGUCUGCGCUGGAAGGUCGCUGCGCUCGCCGGCACUCUCCCAGCCCCGCAGGCACCUCUCGGCCGGGCGCUCCUCGCCCACGGGCCGGAGCUGGGCUCCGGGUCCCCGCGAGCGAAGAGGGCCACGUUGCUUGGCGAUUGUCAGAGACCUGCGGUGCUCGCUCAACUUAACAUAUCAGAUGAUUUGAAAGUUGGCUUUUUCAGCACAGACCAUGCUACUCAAACGGAUUCCAGUGAAAUUUUGCCAUUAAAUGAGCUAUGCUCAUCUACACAAAAACUAGUGAAGAUUAUUAGAUCCCUUCAGGUAGAUUUUGGGUUCCUGAAACAGUUGCUUCAGUUGAAGUUUGAGGACCGUAUUAAACAGGAGUCUGUCAAUCUCUUCGCUGUUCUACAGGACAGGAUCCUAACAGUCGAAAGACAUUAUCAACAGAAUGAAGAAUUAAUAAGAAAAUGUUGCCAUCAGCAGUUGGCAGAUGCCAUAGCUGUAGUCCGAGGAAUGUACAAGCUAUGGUACUCUCAUGGGCAAAGUCAGUUGUCCGUGGACCUGAAGCAAUUCUUUGAGGGAGAAGAAGGGAGAACUUCUAUGCAUGACAUAACUACCGACAAACUAAGUAUUUUGUUCCUAAAGCUGAAGGACCAGGAAGAAGUGAUUAAGAAAUUAAAAGAAGAAGUAGAACAUUAUGAAGAAGCUUUGGCAACAGAGGCCGACUCUGAAAAAGCUUCAGCGAAGGAACAUUUGGAGUACAAAGUGGAAAAUGCGAGACUGCUUCAAGUCGUUGCAGAACUCGAAGAAGUAGCCCAACUCAAUCUAAAAGAAAAUGCAUUUUUAGAAGAUGAAAUUAUGAAUCUGAAAGAGACGGUAGAAAAGGAUCAGAAAACCAUUCAAAGGUUAACUGAAGGUAGAGAUAAAUUAAAGGCUGAACUUAAUGCUGAAAAAGUGUUAGUUCAAGAAAUGGUUGCACCUGAUAUAUCUAUUGAGAAACAUGAAGAUGAAGAGGUGAAAAUUCAACCUGAGUAUCAUCUAAAAUACUCAGUGGACCAGGUUGAAGAGAAACAUAUUUUGGAGAAGGAAAUAGAAAUGUUAAAGAAAAGUUUAGAGAAUGAAAAAAUGUUGACAGAAAGGUACUGGAAAUAA